AUGCCGAAAUCUAGAAGGUCCAAAUUACCCCUUUUUGACAUCAGAGUGAAUUCUGUGGAUAAGGAUACGGUUGUUCUCAAAGGUCCAGCGACAGAUGCAGCUCCAACGUUGUUGGCUGGUACAAUUGCGUUGUCUGUUACUGAACCAUUGCAUGUAAAAAAAAUGAAACUAAAAGUUUAUGCAACUUUGAGUUAUCGUUGGGAUGAAAAAGUGCAGAAUCAGAAGGGUCACACAUAUACAAGACCUUUUACAUUCAGUAAAAUGGUCUAUUGUUUUGAUUGGGACCAAAUAAAUUUGGAGAGAUUUUUACAUACGCACGAUCCGUUGUAUUCACAGUUCUCAAGGACAACAUCAUCGAACAGUUUAGAGAAUAUAAAGAAUGGUGUGGGAUUCACUACAGGGACUCUGACUCGGUCAAAUCGCAGUUCAGGAACAAAUCUGAAGAGGAUGGAAUCGACUACCACUUUAAAUUCUAUAGGUUCGUCUAGCUCAAUACCAGGAUUGCUAUCAUCAAGUACUAAUGGUGAUAUCAAGUCCCACAAAUCGUUGACCAAUUUGUCAUCACUGAAUUUAUCCUCAUUUACGCCAUAUUCUCAUAGCUCUUCAACAGAUCCAGUGAUUUUGCAACCAGGAAAUUACGAGUUCCCAUUCCAGUGUUUCCUUGACGGAACUAUACCCGAAAGUAUAAUCGGUCACCCAUGCUGUGAUUUGGUUUAUAGGUUGCAAUGUACGAUUGAACGUGGCAGGUUUUCGACUCCUAUAAUAACUAGGAAAUUGUUACAUGUUGUCAGAACAAUGUCUCCAGAUAAUGCGGAACUUUCAGAAACGGUUGCUGUUGACAACACUUGGCCGGGGAAAAUUGAUUAUUCCUUGAGCUCUCCCACGAAAGCUGUUGCUAUUGGUUCAUCAAUUCAGGUGCAUAUGAAUAUGCAACCACUAACUAAGGGAUUAAAAUUAGGAUCCAUCAAGGUGAAACUAGUUGAACUUGGGACUUUUUCUACUAUUCAUAGGCAGCAUUCGGAUGAGAGGGCUUUGACAACUAAACAUAUCCCUCGAGUCACUCUUAACAAAGAUGGAAUUGACCUAUGGUCUGAAGAUGCUCUAUCAGAUGAAGAGGGUGUAUUUUUCAGAUCCCAUAAUCUUGUAUUAUCGCAUGAUAGAUGGGAGGCUACAACGACUAUUCAGCUUCCACCUUCCUUGGAGUCGAUGACGCAAGAUUUAGAUAUCUUGAAUAUGUGCAAAGUUAGACAUAAGCUGAAGUUUUCUAUUGCAUUGAUCAAUCCGGACGGCCAUGUUAGUGAACUACGUGCUACUUUACCUAUAACGUUAUUUAUUAGUCCAUUUGUGCCAGUGAGGGUGAAGAGAAUCGACCAGUACGAUGAUCCAUUUUUCUCAAGUGGGUACGAAGAUGUGACAAUCCAUACUUCUGAUGAAACCAUUCUAUUCCAGCACGAAGACGUUACUGCUAAUAUUAUGCAUCAAUUGUAUGAAGUACAGCCUCACCAUAAUCAUGUUAAUGAUGUGGAAGAUGUCGAAGGCGUAGUUCCAACACCUAAUAUCAACACACAAGAUUUAAUGGCACCACCCAACUAUGAUGAUCGGGUAUUUGAUAGAAUGUUCUAUGCGUCAAAUGCUGGAGCAGAGGAAAUAGGACCGGGAUCCACCAUCACAAACCUUCAAAACGAGGUCCAUGAAGAGGCGGUUAGCGACACAGAGGAUGUAGAGGACAAUACAUUAACCGAGCUGAAUCCAUUUUCAAGUAGGCCGAGAAAGCAUAAAAAACCUGUUUUCAGUAUAGCAGAUGAUGAUGAUGGUGAUUCAGUAAUAACGAAUCAAUUUGAUCAACAAAGUAAAUCUUCUUCAUCCAAAAAUGAAUCCAUUUCAAAUUCCGCUCUAGAUUCACGUCCUGUUAUUAGUGGACCUUCGUUUAAUUCGGGGGAAAAGAUGCCCAUCAACCAUCUACCCAUAAAUAAUACACUGAUGACACCUGGUGUCUUAACACCAGUUCAACAUUUAUCCAGAGCAACAUCAUUUUCCAAUGAACAUCCGUUCUAUACACCAGUCGUACCUGGUUCAAUGAAUUCAAUUGAUGAUAACAUGUUGAACGAAAUGAAGAAACCACCACCAUACGAUGUUGCUGUUCAUUCAAUUGCUACCGUUUCGGACUUGACUCCUAUGUAUCCAUCGUCCGAAUCGGACUUGAGAGGUAAUUUGCACAUUUUAGAUUCAAGAUUGCAAAACAUUAGAAAAUCAAGAAUAGAAGGUCAUGGAUCACCAAAUAUUCAUUCACACUCUGCGGCGUCACUGCCAUAUACAAAGAGAAACAGUUACGGACACUCAAUAAUAGCUAAUAGCCAUUCACAGAACGUAACACCGUCAUUGUCAAGGAAUAUCUCAUCAUCAUCACUAUCAUCCAGACGGCAUGGAGAGGUGCACCAUUUACCAACUCUACAGAUGGGUACGAUAUCAAGAUUUGAUGUGGGAUCUCCUAGUAGAAGCUUAGUGACGACACCAGGUUCCGAAUUGAAUCAAAACAUUUACAGGGGGAAGCCUGGAAGCUCUGAGAAUGAUGAAUAUUUCACCACGCCCGAGAUCUCUAUCAACAUGCACGAUGUAAACAAGGUAUUGUCAUCUCCCAAGGCAGCACAUGUAAGUGACCAUAAUACAGUUGGUUAUGCACAGAGUCCAGUUAAGAACUUGAGAAAGAAGGCCGAGAAGGAGAAGGAGAAACCUGGGGCCCUUACAGCAAUUUCUAGGAAGAGUAGCGGGCUAUUUAUGAGUCUGAAACCAUCAACACAUAAGUAG